AUGGUACGAGGAGAGCCUGAAUUUAUAGAGUUAGUAGAUGUAGGAAAUGUUUCAGAUUCUUCAAAGGUUGGUGAUAAAGAUACUCGGUGGCAUUUAAGUAAUUCACAGAUCCAAUUAGUGUUAUUAAGAUUAGGAGUAAUUAGUGAUGAAGAAUAUGGACAUCCAUCAUUUCUUGAACUGGUUCAUAUUGGAAAAGAUUCUGAAUAUAUGUUAAAUGUAAUUGAUCUGAUGAGUAUAGGUGAUGCCAUUUCAAUAAUUCGAGAUGCUUUAGUAGAUCAUAAGGGAGAUGUGAAUUAUUCACUGGAUGAUUAUAAAUUAUUAGAAAGACUUAUUAAAUUAAUACCAGAUAAUAAUGAAAGUGAUGAUUUUGAAAUUCCAGACUUUGAUUUAGAGGAAAAGGAUGAAGAAUAUUUAAUUCAUACAAAAAAUAAAUUAUAUCUUAGAAUAAUAGAUUGGAACUUACAAAUUAGACUAGAAGCUGCUUUAAUUCAUUAUCAUUCUCCUUAUCCAGAAGUCAGAGCAGUAACUGAACCAUUUGAUGAUCCUUAUAUACCAGUAGAGACAUUUAGAGUAUAUGUGAUAAGUAUGGUAUGGACAAUCAUUGGAUCAAUUAUUAAUAAUUUCUUUGUUCAUAGAAUGCCAGGUAUUUCAUUAACUUCUCAUACUAUGCAAGUCAUCUUUCUACCAUGUGGAAAAUUAUGGGAAAAGUACAUGCCUAACAAGACAAUUAGAGUUUUGGGUUAUUCAUUUGAACUUAAUCCAGGGCCUUGGACUUAUAAGGAAAUGAUGUUGGCAACAAUUAUAUAUCUGUGUUCAUCAGGAGUUCCCUAUCUGAUAUAUAAUAUAUUUGUUAUGAAAUUAGAAAGGUUUUAUAAUUUGAAAUGGGUCACGUAUACUUUUCAAAUAUUGUUAGCAAUUUCCACUCAAUUCCUUGGUUUUGGAUUUGCCUUAUUAAUGAAAAAGGUUUGUGUAUAUCCCAGUAAAGCAAUUUGGCCUACCAUUUUACCAACAAUUGCAUUGAAUAGAGCCCUUAUGAAAUCAGAAGUUAACAAUCCUAUAUAUGGUUGGAAAAUAUCUCAAUAUUCAUUUUUCUAUGUUGUAUGUAUUGGAAGUUUCCUUUACAAUUGGAUCCCUUCUUAUUUUUUUACUGCAUUAUCUCAAUUUAAUUGGAUUACUUGGUUCAAUCCAAAUCUGCUUCAUUUAGCUAACGUCACAGGAAGUUUCACUGGUUUAGGUUUCAACCCAUGGCCCACUUUUGAUUGGAAUGUAUUAGAUUCAGCUGGCUGUCUUACCGUCCCAUUUUAUACUUAUGCAAAUCGAUACCUUGGUUCUAUACUUGCAUUCUUCGUUAUUUUAUUAGUAUAUUAUACUAAUAAUAAUUGGACAGGUUAUUUACCAAUUAAUUCUAAUCGAUUAUUCAAUAAUAAAGGUCAGGUCUACAAUGUUCAUGAUAUUCUAGAUGAUAAUAACUUAUUUGAUGAUUCAAAAUAUCAAAAGGUUGGUCCUCCAUAUUUUUCAGCUGCUAAUUUGGUCCUAUAUGGAGCCCAUUUCUGUUUAUAUCCAUUUGCAAUUUUAUAUCAUUUUGCAACAGAAUGGGAUUCAAUGAAGACUAGUUUCUAUAAUGUUGGAAUUACUCUUCGAGACGCUUUAACUUCUAAAGACUCGCAUGAUCAAUUUGGGAGAUAUCUGAGUGAUCCACAUUGUAAAAUGAUGGCACGUUAUGACGAUGUUCCUGAUUGGUGGUUCUUAUCUAUUUUAAUAGUAAGUACCACAUUUGGAAUCAUAUGCGUUUUGUUAUAUCCUGUGGAGACUCCAAUUUGGGGGAUAUUUCUUACAAUUGGUAUUAAUUUCAUAUUUCUUGUCCCUCUUACAUCUAUUGCAUCUGUUACUGGAUUUUCAUUUGGUUUAAAUGUCUUGGUAGAAUUAAUAGUAGGUUAUUCAAUUCCAAAUUCUGGUAUAGCUUUGAUUACAUUAAAAAGUUUUGGUUACAAUAUUGAUAACCAAGCCAGCAAUUAUAUUACUGAUCAAAAGUUGGCUCAUUAUUCAAAAAUUCCUCCUCGGGCUAUAUUUAGGGGUCAAUUAAUAUCUACAUUGUUGAAUGUUGUAGUGGCAUUAUUUGUAUCGAAUUGGCAAAUGGAUAAUAUUCCUGAUAUUUGUGAUAGAAUGCAAAAGGAUAAAUUAGUAUGCCCAGGAGCAAAUACCUACUUCUAUUCCAGUAUUCAGUAUGGUGAAAUAGGACCUGCUAAAGUAUUUAGUGGUCUUUAUCCUAUUUUGAAGUGGUGUUUCUUAUUGGGAGUAGUGUUGGUUAUACCCUGUGUAUGGUUUAAGAGACAUGGCCCGCUAACAUUGAUCCGAUUCUUUCAACCUACAAUAAUUAUCGGAGGAUUCUUAGAUUACGCUCCUUACAAUCUUCUGUAUUUUACAGGGGGGUUAUAUGUUUCAUAUUUAUUUAUGUAUCAUAUUAAGAAUAAUUAUAUUUUAUGGUGGGAAAAAUAUAACUAUAUAUUAACUAGUGGGUUAUCUGCUGGUAUUGCGUUCAGUGCAUUGUUAAUCUUUUUUAUGAUAGAAUAUGUUACUGAUGAUCUAGAAUGGUGGGGAAAUCAUAUUUCUAGGAUGGGAAUUGAAGGUGGACAUGGAUCACGAGCUUGGUUGAAUGUAACAUCUGCACCUGAUGGUUAUUUAGGAUUAAGAGAAGGUAAUUUUCCCUAG